AUGCUCAUCCAGGAUCUUUGGAAAGCCAAAUUAUCAUGGGACGAACGAAUUCCAGCAUCCAUGAUGUCAUACUGGAAUAUGUUCCGGGAGAAUGUGAAAAAAGUUCAUCAAAUCAACAUCCCUCGAUAUAUUAAUUAUGAGCCAAACAGUCAAAUAGAAUUACAUCUAUUUACCGAUGCAAGCCGAAGGGCAAUGGCCGCUGCUGUUUACUCUCGCACAUCUUCCUCUCACAAACAAAUGUCAACACCACUGAUAGCAGCCAGAACCAAGUUGUCUCCAAUUAAGAGCCUUAAUCCCUCGAAACGACCUGUUGGAAGGGUCACAAUACCGAGGUUAGAACUUCGAGCAGCUCUACUAGGCGCAAAACUGUUGAAAGCGCAGGCAGAGGCAUUAUGUAUCGAGCUUAAUCACUGCACUGGGUGGAGUGAUUCACAAGUCGUCAUUCGUUGGCUCUCAUCAAAUCAACCUGUUGGAAACGACCUAGUGGACAAUUAUAUCAGUCAUAUUCAAGAACUGUUACCAGACUUCAAAUGGUGCUACGUUCCCACGUCCGAAAAUCCAGCAGAUGUAGCCACAAGAGGCAGUGAUGUCGAAAAUCUAUCACAGCAUCCUCUCUGGUGGUAUGGACCACCCUGGCUUAAAAAAGCCGAAGAUGCUUGGCCGAAAGAACCCAUUCUUCAAUCAAAAAGUGCUCCAAUUUCCGAGAUCUCAAUUCCUAUACAAUGUCAUAUAACUCAAACAAAUCCGACAAUUCUUGGUCGAUUUUCAUCGCUUAUCAAACUCUUAAGAAUUCUGGUUCGCUGUCGAAGAAUCAUUCAAAUAUGGGCAGGUCGUCAAAAAGCAAUAUCGCCGUUUGCACCAAUGACCACCAGUGAACUUAAAGAGGAAUUCAAAACUUGUGUUCGCAUUUCUCAACAACAAGAUUUUGUCACUGAGAUGCUAGCCUUGAAGAAACAUGGUGUCGUUCCUGUUGGUAGUCUCACAGCUCGACUAAAGCCCUACCUGGACAGCGAAAACAUCUUAAGAGUUGGAGGAAGGCUGGAGAAUUCACUGUUAUCAGAAGAAGAAAAGCAUCCUCCUAUUCUCUCAGCUCGAAGCAAUCUAUCAGGACUAAUCGUGGAUUGGGCUCAUCAACGGGCAUUACACGCAGGGUCUACUGUCACUUAUGCCUACGCAAGCAGACGAGCAUGGAUAAUUGGAGGUAUGACAAAAACGAAGUCUUUUAUUAGGAGAUGCGUUGUGUGCUCCAAAUCUACGAAAAGGACAUCUACCCAACUUAUGGCAGAUCUACCAGCUGCCAGGGUCAAUCCCGGAAGACCUUUUAGUAAAGUUGGUGUGGACUACGCGGGACCCUUUCAAAUUUUACGAUCAAAAGGACGAGGCGUAUCAUCUUCGAAAGGAUAUGUGGCUGUGUUUGUUUGCCUAGCAACAAAAGCUAUCCAUUUGGAACUGGUUGGAGACUUAUCUACUGAGAGUUUUCUUGGUUGUCUAACAAGAUUUACUGGUCGACGAGGACGACCGCUCGAAGUAUGGAGCGACAAUGCUACCAACUUCCGUGGUGCAGACAACGAACUCCGCAGGCUAUUUCUAGAAGCCGAGACCGAUUGGCAACAUGUUCAGGAUGUUCUCGCUCAGGAAAAAACAAUUUGGCGCUUUAUACCACCAUCAGCCCCUCACUUCGGGGGUCUCUGGGAAGCUGGGGUCAAGUCUAUGAAGAAUCAUCUGCGAAGAAUAACAGGUUCCCGAAAACUCACUUAUGAACAGUUCACCACUCUACUCGUGGAAAUAGAAAUGGUGCUCAACUGCCGUCCACUAAUCCCUCUUUCCGGAGACCUUGACGACCUUGAUGUGCUUACUCCAGGACAUUUCUUAAUAGGAACAGCGCUCACAUCAUUACCCCAGUCCAGGUCAGGGGAACAAAAUUUAGAUGCGUUAACCCACUGGAAGCUCAUGAAAGGAAUUCGUGAUCAUUUUUGGCUGCGAUGGUCCAGAGACUACUUAAAUACUCUUCAGCAACGCUCUAAAUGGACAAGACGUCGGUCAAACCUCAAUAUUGGAGACCUAGUGAUUGUGAUCGACCCAUCGCUGAUCGGACCUCAAGGACGCUGGCCUCUUGGACGCAUCAUUCAAACUCAUGUUGGAACUGAUAAAUUGGUCAGAGUAGUGACCAUAAAAACUCAGUCCGGAACAUAUACCAGACCUGUGACAAAGAUUGUGUUGCUACCGGUUGAAAACAUAUUAGUAGAGCGCGAAACGGCGGGCGGCGCGACUUAA